UUAGACAUCCCGGCAUAUCGACAAGGCGCAUGCUCCCCACUACAGCAUGACUUAAAUCAAUGCUCUUCAAAAAGUAUCGGAUAAUCCGUGCUUUGGCUUACGGAUAACGUUACAGAUGUGAUUGCCUCUCCGAUUGAGCACGCUACAUACCAACAUUCCAGGACAUUAUGCAGAAAAUACUCACCUUUUUAACUUGGAUAAUUUUGUUUUUAUAUUUACCAUUUCAAAAUGCAAUGUCCUCCGGCAAGGACAAGAAUAAAAUUCAACUCGACGGGAAUAUGAUUUUUGGCGGACUGUUUCCAAUGCACGAAAAAGGACAAAGUGGUAGAAACUGUGGGACUAUAAAGAAAGAAAAGGGGAUACAGAGACUGGAAGCUAUGUUGUUUGCAAUUGACAGAAUUAACGCAAACGAAGACUUAUUACCAGGAAUUAAAAUCGGAACACACAUUCUAGACACUUGUAGUUCGGACACUUACGCUCUCGAACAGUGUAUGGACUUUAUAAAAGCUCAGCUGACCAGCAUUGAUAUGACUGAUUACCAGUGUGACAACGGAAGAAAUCCAGUGUACACCCCUAUCAAACCUGUGGUAGGAGUCAUCGGGGCUGCGGCCAGUACUGUGUCUAUCAUGGUGGCCAAUAUUCUUAGACUCUUCCAGAUACCCCAAAUAAGUUAUGCAUCUACAAGCAUUGAUCUAAGCGACAAGUCAAGAUUUGAGUAUUUCUCACGAGUUGUGCCCCCUGAUACUUUUCAAGCCCAGGCUAUGGUGGAUAUAGCGAAGGCAUUCGGCUGGAAUUACGUCAGUACACUGGCUGAUGAAGGGGACUACGGUGUGAAGGGAAUAGGAGCUUUUAAAGAAAGAUCUACAGAAGCGGGAAUAUGCGUUGCUCAGUCUUUAACCAUUCUUCGAGAUGACGCAGACUCCAGAAUUGAACAAUUAGUUCUAGAUCUGCUAAAGAAUGAAAGAGCCAAAGUUGUGGUCAUGUUUGCCAACGAAGACAACGCCAGAAGAGUUCUGAAAGCCCUUAUGAAAUUAAAUAAAACGUCCGAAUUAACAUUUCUAGCCAGCGAUAGUUGGGGAGCGAAAAUUCACCCCGUCAAAGGUCAAGAACUGGCUGCAAACGGCGCUGUUACAUUGCUUCCAAAAAGACAUGUGAUCAAAGAAUUUGACGAAUACUUCACAAACCUUACAGUAGAAAACAACAAAAGAAAUCCAUGGUUCUCCGAGUUCUGGCAGGAAGUGUUCAACUGUACACUAAAAAACAACACCGGAAUAAAACAAUGUUCAGGAAAUGAAUACAUAGGAAUGAAGGGGGCGCCAUAUAACCAAGAGGGCUUAGUGCAAUUUGUAAUUGAUUCCGUGUAUGCGUUGGCGCAUGCGCUCCACAAUUUGUUAACAGACCAGUGUACCCUUCCAUUUCAAAAUUGCACAACAUCCGCAGUUACGUCUGGAGAAGAGGUUUUAAAGUAUAUACGAAACGUUUCCUUCCGAGGUGUAGGAGGAGACUGGGUAGAGUUUAAUAAGGAAGGCGAUGGACUUGGAAAAUAUGAUAUUUUCCAAUAUCAACAAACAUCUACAGGUCUUUAUAGUUAUAUUCAAGUCGGAGAUUGGAUAGACAGUCUGCGUCUCAACGAAUCAAUGCUGAAAUGGAAAAAGAAGAUUGUUCCAUAUUCUGUAUGUAGUGAACCGUGUUUGCCAGGAUUUGCUCGUCUUGAAAAAGGAUUGAAAUGCUGCUGGGGUUGUUUUCAAUGUGCAUUUAAUCAGUACUUAGCUGACGAGUAUACGUGCAGGGAUUGUCCUGAGGGAUCGAAACCUUCCCAAAACCAAUCAGCGUGUACGCCACUUCCGGUUCUCUCGUUAGAAUGGGGGACAUUUUGGAUGUUACUUCCUGUAGCUUUUACAAGUAUAGGCGCUGUAUUGACAGUGUUAGUGAUUGCAGUGUUCAUACGGUACAACGAGACUCCUAUUAUAAUGGCUUCUGGAAGAGAAUUGUGUUAUGUUCUUCUCGUUGGAAUUCUAAUGUCAUACGGAACAUCUUUGAUAAUGUUAGUGCGACCGACAUUCAUUCUUUGUACCUUGAGGAGGUUGGGUCUUGGCGUGUCUCUUUGUUUGAUAUAUGCUGCAAUGUUGACGAAGACUAACCGAAUCUACCGAAUAUUUAAUAACGGCAUCAAAGCAAUGGUUAAGCGUCCCAGCUACACAAGUCCACGAUCGCAGCUUGUGAUCUGUUUCGGUAUUGUUUCUGUUCAAAUGGUUGGAGGUAUAACAUGGUUAGGUUUUGAAAAACCGGACACGAUAUUUGUUUUACAAGAUCAGGACUACCUGGUGCUCAAGUGUAAAGCUAGUAAAACUGCAAUCAUAGUUUCUCUGACUUACAAUAUAGUUCUGAUCAUAAUAUGUACUGUUUAUGGUGUGAAAACUAGGAAGAUACCUCAAAACUUUAACGAAGCCAAGUGCAUAGCAUUUACUAUGUACAGCACAUGCAUUGUUUGGCUAGCCUUUAUUCCAAUAUACUUCACAGCAAGUGGUGGAGAUUUCAAGAUUGAAGUAACAUCUCUUUGUAUGUGUGUCAGCAUCAGUGCCACAGUUGCACUUGUGUGUAUAUUUGCCCCGAAGAUAUACAUAGUGUUGUUGCAGCCGCAUAAAAACGUUAGACAAGGCGCGACAACUUCUUUGAAAAACAAUCAUCCAACAUUAGCACGCAUCAUCUCCGAGCGAACUGAUUCUCUUGGACCCUUUCCUUUCCAAAAUGGCGGAGUUUAUACUCAUCCCAAUCAGACAACCCAAACAACACACACAACAAUCAAUGACGUAUUCAGCGAUGACCUCGAUGACCUCUCUUGUGAUGAUGCAAUAGGUGACGAUGAGUCGAACGGACAGUUAAAUCCACCCAUGGAAGCAGAUAUAUGAGGAUGCAAUAUUGAUGCUUAAAUUCAC